AUACAGGAGGAGCCCGUGCAAAGCAUCAUGGGACGGAUACUCAAUCCGCCAUGAUGUCGCGGCGACACGGUGAAAAAUACGAAUUAUGUUGUUUAUUUCAUAGUUUCUACCGAUUUUAAGAUCUGAAAAACCGCAUGUCAACCCAUAACGACAUUCACGAUCGCACGUCGGAUAGGUAUUUCGUGCUACCGAUCCCUAUUUGGGCAGUAUUUUAGGGGAUCGCACGCUGGGUCACCAGCGGGCAAUCGGCCAGCAUGAGCAAGUUAUCUUUUCGUGCUCGGGCGCUCGAUGCCUCGAAACCCAUGCCCGUGUUCAAGACAGAGGACCUGCCGGAUUUGCCGGAUUUUUCGGCCAUCAACCGUGCAGUGCCUCAAAUGCCAACGGGGAUGGAGAAAGAGGAGGAAUCGGAGCACCAUCUACAGAGAGCCAUUUCAGCACAGCAAGUGUAUGGCUCAGCCAACCAACUGGUCAUUCCAACACCAGACUUUGAGACCUCAGUCAAUUAUUAUGAGGACCUGUAUGAUGCAUCCUACAAGCAGCCCAAACAAUACGUCCAUGUUCAGCCCCUUAGUAUGGAGCAGGACAUUCCGGACUAUGACAUGGAUGCUGAAGACGAAGAGUGGAUGCGGAAACACAGCAAAACCUUCGAAAUCACAAAGCUCCAGUUUGAAGAGAUGAUGGACAGACUAGAAAAGGGGAGUGGCCAACAGGUGGUGACAUUGAAAGAGGCUAAGCUUUUGUUGAAGGAGGAUGAUGACCUCAUCAUAGCAGUCUAUGACUACUGGCUCAACAAACGUCUCAAGUCAAUGACUGGCUGCGGAUUGAUGCCCAAUGUGAGGCAAGAGAAACGGGAUGGUUCAACCAGCAACAAUCCCUACGUUGCCUUCCGCAGGAGAACAGAGAAGAUGCAGACAAGGAAGAACAGAAAGAAUGAUGAAGCAUCUUAUGAGAAGAUGCUCAAACUGAGGAGAGACCUGAAUCGGGCUGUAACGUUACUGGAGAUGGUGAAAAGAAGAGAAAAGAGCAAAAAAGAAGCCGUCCACUUAACAUUGGAGAUAUUUGAAAAGAGAUAUCAAAUGGACGACUUAAGUGGCACCAUUCUAGCAGAGUGUGAAGAGCUGAGCAAACGGCAGCCAUCAUUCACUAUCCCUGCAAUACCCAACGGCAGCCAGUAUGGCCCAUGGUCCAUGAAAACGGAGGAUGGUCUGAAGAAGAAGCGAGAAUACAAGAAGAGGAAACACAAGGAGGAAAAGAAACUACGCCAGGCAUCUGUCUCCUCCAUGGGAGAGAUAGAGCCACCUCGCUUUCCUGAUAUCAGAAGCUCAGAGGAAGAGCUUUCCCCACAGGUGCAAUCAACGUCAGACCAUGAAGAGGAGGCUGAUCCUGAUGGUAUCUUUGCCUUCCGUCGCAAGAAAGGCUGCCAUUAUUUGGCUCCUCAUUCAGACCUAGUGCAAGGGUGGCCGUGGUCAUUGGAUCCACCUAAAGGUACAACAGACCACAGGUAUCGCUACAGCUGUACAUCACUGAAAGAGCCUAGGCGAUGUGUGGGGCUGGCUAGGAGGAGGGUCGGUAGGGGAGGAAGGAUCCUGCUUGACAGAGCAUGGACACCUUUCGAGAAUUACAAACAGCUAGAUGAUGCCUUGUCAAACACCUCUGACCUGCCGGUAUCGCCGCUUCGGUCGCCAUCCGCAAGCUCAUCACAAACAAGUCUUCCACUAAGUUUUCUUCUUGAAGAGAUCAGGGCCAAAAGAAUGCUGCACUACAGACCAAAGACACCCCCACCAGCACCCCAGCAAGCUCCUACCACCUCACUGACACCCCCGCUGUCCAAGUCGCAAGCUCCCAUGGAGGAAAGCAUCAACUCCCUCCUGCAACACAGCCGUACCUUCGCUGCCAUUGAGACCCCUAGCAAGCUACCCCAGCAGAUGCUGAUGGAGAGUGAUAGUACAGCAGACAGUGAUACAGCAGGCCCCUCCUCCUCCCAACAAACACUGCCCUCAUUGGCCUCGGCUGCCGAGACCGACACCAUCAGCCCAUUGCUUGAGUCUCAGGAUUUGCAAACCCUUGAGGUGGAUGUUGUGAACUCUGACAGCUCCUCAGACUUGAACACGUCCUUUGGCUCGCUGCCAACAUCUCGAUUCACCCUGGAGCCUAGCCGAGAGUUAAGCAAGCCCAAGUCAGCUAUCGUAGACCCAUUGCCUGUUUUAGUGUCACCAUCGAGCAUUGUCGGAGUCAAGGAGAAUCAUAACAAUUCUGCAGCAAACACCUUGUUGAACCACAAGGCUGUCAUAGAAGCUUCUACCAAAGUUCCCACUGGUCAUUCCACGGCACCAGCCGCUACAGUACUACAGCUAAACUAUCCCCUAGGAGCCACCAAGACCACCACUCCCUCUACAACCACACCUGUUACAACCACGCCUAGUAUGACCACACCCAGCAAUGUGAAUGCCGUGGAUGGGUUGGCGAUGACAAACUCUCUGGACGUUGUAUCGCAGUCUUUGUCAGAUGGUGGCACCGGCAGUGAGGCCUUGAGAAAAGGCAGUCUAGAUAGGCAGAGGACUAGAUUGAACUUGGAUGGCACCAAUGUAGUGCCGUCCACAGCACAGAGUGUAUCACUUGCUAAUGCUGUCAAGCGGAUUUCCCAAGCAAACAAUAUCGACGUUAUAUCAAGAGACAAGCAUGAAGACGCCAAUCAUUCACUAGAUGGCGGGGCCUGUAUACCCAACAACAAGUCUGUCGUUAUGGAGGUCACGUGACCCACGUGGUUCCCUCUGGCUUGAUGCUAACCUGGAGAUGACGUGCCAUCCGCAGCAGGCAAUGUGUUCAGUAAUUGCAGUGUAGAGGUGUGAAGGUAAUAAGAAAAUAUACGAAGACCGGACAUCAGAGAACCACAGCUACGCAUUAUCUGUCCUCAUCCAAUGUCUAUUCUUAAUCAUUCACUCAAGAUCUUUAAUACUUGAUCGCUGCUUUGCAGUAAUUCUUGGCAAGUCUUUACACCAAAUGUAUCAGAAACAAUAGUUCCGAAAAUAUAUGUAUCAAUUUGUUUGGUGCGUACAAAGAUAAGCAUCUAGGUGAAAUGUACUCUGACUGUGAAGGAAAUUUAAAGAUGGUUUUUAUUGAUCCUAUGGAUGGGAGGGGGUUAGUUUGGGAUCAUUUGUCAAAAUGCACAAAGUCUUUUUCCAAGAGACAUUAUUUUACCUGUUGUACAAAUUGCAUAAACAUGCAUAUCUUUAAUAUUGGUUGGACUUCGGAUCGUGAGUUUUACGCUACCAGAAUUUAGCCAUUUUAUCUUCAGAAAAUUUGCUUUAAAAAUCUCAUCAAUUUGCGAUGAAAAUUUUUUUUUCUGUGAGCUAAAUCUCAAUCUAUAUAAUUUCUACUAUUCUGUGUAUGGUUUAUAAGAGGCAGAAAAGACUGGUACCUCAGACUUUGUUGCCCUUAUCAACUGUGUUGUGAAUGUAGGGAACCUGAUUUAAGAGAAGCUCAUUCAUGUCUAAGGUAGCAUUUUCUUGGUAAAAUACCAUCUCUAUUAUCAUUCACAAAAGCCUUCAAAUUUCACAUGGAGGUUUAAAGGAUAUUGUUGGAUUUACGGAAGUUAAGGCCAGUCACUAUUACUUUUCAUGGUGUUUGAUGCCAAUGGAAAGUUAAUGGUCACUUGUGUACAAAAAAACUUGCCGUUUGCAUUCUUGCACAGCGGUAGAAUUUCUGAAGAUUGAGGAUGGUUUCUAGCAAAAUUAUGUGCAAAAUGCUGUGAAAAUAAGGAUUAAUGACAAAAAAAAAUUUAAAAAAUAAAAAUCUACAAGUGUCAUGAAAAGUGUUUUGGAUCUUAAAAAAAAAUUAUAAAAAAAAGUGGAACCCUCCAAUUAGCUGUAAGAUUGUCGUUUUGACUUUAAAGUGUCUGGUAUAAAUGUGGUAUGAAUUGGCACAAUUGGAAUUGACAUUUAUUAAAAUGGAGGGAAAAAAUGUAUAUCACAAGCAGGGUAUGUAUGUAGAGAAUUGCAAAUUUGAUCCAUUGUGGUCAGCAUUUAAAAUAUAUUCAGUGCCUUCUUGAGUUAUUAUGCAGGGCUGGCAUUAGUUGCAAGAUCACCUUGGGGGGAUUCCCCAACCCCACAAAAGGGAGGAUUCCGCUAUCAAUGGAACAGGCAAUUUGGCUGUUCUAUCAAACCAAGUUAUAAACAUAGCCAACAAAUAAAGUGGAAAUGUGUACUGUUUUGGUCUAGUUUCCUGAAGUUUCCUGAAGUUAUCUUGACCUAACUAACAGAAAAUAUAACUUCAGGGCCUUCACAACUAUUCAGACAGGCGUUGAAUAAUCAGGGACAAAUCCUACUUGGGUUUUCCAGAAGGCUGGACAGUCAAUCAGUGGUGACCUCUUGAACCAAGAGAGGCUUACUAAAGUCCCAAGUGAUCCUUCACACCAAGAUUCUGUGCAGCGCACAUUUACCCGCCUGUACUGUGUGCAAUUGUACAUGUUAUAUUUAUUCAAAUAGAUUAAUGGAAAAGAAACACUUAAUUAUUCCAAGUCUCUUAUUGGCAGCUUCAGGACAAAUUCUGUCAUAAAGAGCUAUAGGAAUGUAUUUUAAUGCACACAAUUCUGUAGCCUGAUUGGUUACCAUAAUUGAGGUAUUGGCUGUCACAGCACCGAGUGCAGCCAUCUUGAUCUAGUAUCCUGAAGACUGAACUUCUGCAAUUUUCCCAACAUUGAUUGGCACCAACUUAUUAUUUAUAAAUUCCAUUUUAGGCUUGAAUUUUAUAUUAAGAAAACAUGGUUGUAAUCUGAGAAAGAUGUGGUCUGACUGUGCCAUUCAUUUAGAAUGGCAAAAAGCCUUUUAAUAUUACGAAACUAUUGAGUAGAACAAUUUAUCUUGUCUUGGAAUGAUUGGAGCAAGGUAUUUAGUCAGAAGAAAGGUGCACUUGAACAAAAGUUUCUCAAAAAAAAUUAAAAAUAAGAAUGGACAUUGGAUUGGAUCGGUUAAAAAGUUAAGAGCUAGCUGUCUUGUCGUUAAAGCGUUGUGUAUUGUUGGUAUAAUGAAAACCAUACUUAAAGCGGGUUUGUACUAAAUUAAAAAUUAUAGGCAUUUUUUAACUGGUGGCAGACAUGCAUAUUUAAUGUAAGUCACUAUGUAUACAUAGUGUGUAAGGCCGGUUUCUCUCUCCCUCCACAGUCUGGUAUUGCUCUUUCUUUUAUCUUUGGUCUUUAAUUAUCUUGAGGUAGUGUCAAAUAAAAUGGAAUGUGGAUGAGUGUUCAUGGUAGGGGUUCCAGAUGCAGUUCAAUAAAACACUGCAAGUGUCAGUGUGGUGGGCUGAUGGUCUAAUGGUUUUUUUUUUUUACCAUGCAGUGUAGUUUGGUUGGUAUAGUGUAUAGAUGAAGUUCAUCUCAGUCCAUGUCAUUGAUCACUAGUCACAUUGAGCAGUGUAGUGAAUCGGGGCUCCAAUAAGAGAAAUCCUCUGGAGUGAGCCACCUAGUGAUAUCGCUGGUCCUGUGAUUAACCUGGUGGCAAGUCUAGUGGUCUUUGUGAGUUUAGCCUCACACAGUGCACUGAUCUUACCAUGGGCGUACCGUGAAGCAUUUAGAGUCCCACACCCAGUUUGUAGCAACUGAAGCAGCUCUUGUGGAGAAAAGUAUUCAUUAAAAUGUAUUUACACUAAGUAAUGCUUACUUUGUCAAUAAGGUUUUAUUUUCAUCAUGCAAACCCCAAAUGGAAACUGACUAGGUGCAAUUAUUAGAAUUAAUAAAGUUGAAUAAAGAAAUUGACUUGUACGGGGUUUGAAUCUACGACCUCCAGAAUACCAUACCGGUACUCUACCCACUGAGCCAUCCAGCUGGCCAUUCCCAAUUUGUCAAUAUCUUUGUUCAAGGGCACUUUAUUUGCAUGAAUUUUAUACAGUGAUCUCAGAAAAUUGUUUGCCUUCAGUCAAGAACAUUUUGUUGUCUCCUCACUUUUUCCACCAGGGUACUUAUGCAAGAAGUCACUAACUUCAGCCUUAUGGAUUUUUAUUUGGUUUAAAAACAUCCAACAAAAAAAAUCCACUUAAGCACAUAUAUUGCAGUGGCCAAAUAUACUGACAUUAUAUGGUUAGUAUGAAUGUUGCCAUAACCUUGACGCUGUAUUCAAUUCAUAAACAACCUGGAAAAAAACCUUAUCUGAAAGUCUCUUAGUAAACCCCUCAUGCUAACCACACAAUUUUCUGUUAACGGAAACCUUUGUCCAUUUAAAGGAGAAUGUAAGCAGUAGAACGUAGCAAAGAGCAUACUUAGUUCAGAAGCAGAAUGUGUUUAAAACAUGCUUGAAGUAUAAACAUGCCUUCAAACAACAAUUGGUAUUGGAAAGUUAAUAAUCCAAGGCUGUGUAUGUAUUUAUUCCUCGGAGAGAGUUGUAUCUUGUGUUUAUUGGCAUGUCUUAACUCGGCAGAUAAUCAACAAUGUUUUACUAACUAUGGUGGGAAAGAGACUCCAUGGCCAGUUUUAAAGGAGAGCAGACCAUUCUGCUUCUCUCAAUCUUUUCUCCCUCUUGUUUUUUUAAAACAAUUUGUGAAUGUGUGGGAGGAAAAAUGAAUAAGUAAAUGUGAUAUUCUGUACAAAUUGUAAAAUUUUAUACUCAGAGGGAACUGUUGGCUCGUCACUGAAUCCUAUCACGACGUAUUAUUGCAGUUUGCUGUGUAAAUAGUAUUGUAUUUUUUUUCUCCUCCUUGAUUGGAGGAAUUUAGAAGUGGAGGAAUUAAUAAAAUAUACUAAAUAUGAGAAUUUGCAUACUGGGUGACACACUGA